AUGUGUUCACCCACAUGGGAGACCAUAGCAGAAAAUCAACUUCCACCGCCAGAUUUAGUGGACAAGUUGGAGAGAUUAGCCCUUGUUGACUUUGGCAGUAAAGAAGGGGUGGACUGUCUGGAGAAAGCCAUUAGAUUGGCUGAUCAGCUUCAUGUCAUUAAUACUGAUGGUGUGGAGCCGACGGAUUCAGUUCUAGAGGACAGAGAGCUGUAUUUGAGAGAUGAUAGGGUAACAGAGGGUGAAUGUGUGGAGGAGCUGCUCCAGCUGGCCAAACACACAGUAGAGGAGUACUUUGUUGCACCUCCAGGGAACAUCCCACUGCCUAAGAGAGAAGAGAGAGCUGCUAUGCUUAAACACUCUGAAUUUUGACUGAAAUGUAACA